AAAACAGAAAAAAUAAAAAAUGCCGGUUGAUAUUAAAAAUGUGUUGGUGUGCGAUGCCGUCGACAGUGCCUGUGUCGAGCUAUUGCAAAAGAAUGGCAUUAAUGUUGCUUAUAAAUUGAAAUUGCCGGUUGAUGAACUGUGCAAAGAAGUCAAAAAUUACGAUGCUGCUAUUGUUAGGUCGGAUACAAAAAUCACCCAACAAGUUCUAGAAGCUGGGGCGGGAAGUUUAAAGGUUGUUGGUCGUGCUGGAGCCGGUGUGGAUAAUAUCGAUGUGCCAGCGGCAACCAAAAAUAAAGUUAUUGUUUUAAAGAGCAAUCUCGUCUCUGCCGAAUCCUUGGCUAAGUGCAAAAAAGGCGUCAAAGUAGUCAAUGUUGCCCGUGGCGGUAUUGUUGAUGAACAAGCUGUACUCGAUGCCUUGGAGUCGGGUCAGUGUGGCGGUGCCGCCUUCGAUGUUUACCCCGAAGAACCACCUAAAUCUGAAGUAACCAAGAAAUUGAUACAACAUCCCAAAGUAGUGGCUACGCCACAUUUGGGCGCCAGUACAGCUGAGGCUCAGGUUCGUGUGGCUGUCGAAGUUGCCGAGCAAUUUAUUGCAUUGACUGGCAAAUCACAAGUCUAUACCAGCUAUCCGGGUGUUAUCAAUCGUGAAGUAUUAGCUAAUUAUCAGUAAUCGUGGACAUCAUCAUUACGUACUUGU